UCCAAAAGAAUAACGGGCGGAGGGUGGAACAAUUUCACUUGGUAUGUGAGUGAGUGCGGGAGGAGCUAUUCCUUCAUUCCUUGAUAGCAAGACAAAGGAAGGAAUAGUUAGGGGGAGAGAGAGAGAGGGUGGGGCAGUUAGUUGUGUAAGUAGGUCCUUUUUUGAGCUGCUCAAGUGGACAAAGCUUGGCCCUUUGAUUUUUAAUUUCAUGGUGGCGUAUGAUUCUCAAGUUUUUUUGAGUACACGUGCUCUCUCUCUUUCUCUUUCUCUUUCUCUUUACCUCUUUUUUAUCUUUGCUUCCAUGCAUGGAUUUCUCCUCCUAAAUAUAGUGAACUUGUAGUUGUGGAUUGAGAGAGAGAGAGAGAGAGAGAGAGAGAGAGAGAGAGAGAGAGAAAACAAAGAAAGAGUCACUUGGUCUUUCACACACACACACAGACUCUCUCUCUCUUUUAGCAUUUCUUCUUUGGCUUUGUUCAUUGCCAUCAUUAACAACAAAGGCAACAACCCCACUUCUCUCCCUCCCCUUAGUUUUUUCAUCUUUUUUAGUUUUUAACUUUCUUGAAAAUUUCAACUACCCAAGAAGCUAAAUAAGCUGCUUAUAGUAGGCAUUCACUACUAGGCUUCUCUGUUUUAUCUCCUUUCCUUUUUUGUAGAUCUGGAUCCCUUUCUUUCUUUCUUUCUUUAUCUUGAAUUCUGUGAAAUCUUUAAUGGUCGUUGUCUAAUCAGUUCAUCAGAAUGAUCUGACACAAUUUUCUUUCUGGAUUUAAACUUUUUCCUUGUUUUCUUUGAUCUGGGUCCUCUGUUUCAUUACCAUUUUCGGUCUUUGCUGUUGAAGUGUAAGUCAAGCAUUGUUUUAAAGUUCUUUGAUCGGAUUCUAAGGCUUCCCAUUUGCUUCCUUGAUCUGUUACUUGAAUUCUGUGAUUUCAAAGAGAAAGUUCCAUGGAAGAAGAACAAGAAUUGAAACAACAUGUAUGCAAGUUCUGCAGCAAGAGCUUCUCUUGUGGUAGAUCAUUGGGUGGUCACAUGAGGUCUCAUAUGAUUAAUGACAUUUCAGCUCAAGCUGAUGGUACUAAACUCACCAAGAAAAAGCUUCCUUCUCUCACCAACUACAACAAUAAUGGAGCUGAUAACAACAACAAGAACAAUAAUACAACAACUAUUAGCGCUGAUAUUACUGGUUAUGGCCUUAGAGAGAAUCCAAAGAAAACCUGGAGAAUUGUUGCUGAUCAUCAUUCCAGUGAAGAUACUUCACUUGUUGACAAAUCUUGCAAAGAGUGUGGCAGAGUAUUUCAAUCUUGGAAAGCUUUGUUUGGUCACAUGAAGUGUCACCCAUCACUAGAGAAAGAAAAAGUUAAAGCAUCGAACAUCAAUAAUAGCCUUGAAGAGGAGCAGCAAGAUUCUUGGACUAGUGCUAAUAAUCAGAAGCUGGUUAUGGAUAGCCAAUCUGACAAUGAAACUGCUGCUCCUAAUCGAAGGAAGAGAUCAAAAAGGCGAACAAGGUACAUGGGCGGUACUGCAAAUUCUUCUUCUUUGUCUUUUGCUAAUAAUAUUAAUGCUUCCUCUUCUGUCUCUGAGAUUGAUCAACAAGAACAAGAAGAGGUUGCUAUGUGUUUGAUGAUGCUUUCUAGAGAUGUUGGUCAGUGGGGUAGUGGCUUGAAUUCUGUUGCUGAAUCUUCUGAUAACAGUUCUGUUUUUCUUGAAAAUAACAAUCUUGUUAGUUCUAGAAAUGAAGUUAAGGCUUCUGUUUGUAAUGGAACUGAGACCCUGAAAGUGAAAAAUUUUGGUGACAAAAAGAAUGGCAAAUUGGAAGAUGAUGAUCUCAGAGUUGAAAGCAGAAAAUCAGAAUUCUCUGUUUCUGGGAUUUCAAGAAAGGGAUUUACCAAGAAUGAUAAAGUCAAGAAAUCUCCGGCUGAUGAUGAACGUGCAGCUGAGAAUUCAGCAGUUGAAUUGGGCAAGAAUCUGAGUAAAGAAACUGACAUGAUUUCCAGUAAGCGCAACUCAAACAAGAGAAAGUACGAUGAUUCUUUCCAUCCUGAACUGAAGUCAGAUUACCUAAAGAAUUCUGACAGAAGCAGCAGAUUUGAGUGUACUACUUGCAACAAGGUGUUCCAUUCAUACCAAGCUUUAGGAGGGCAUAGAGCUAGCCACAAAAAGACUAAAGGUUGUUUUGCGUCAAGAAGUGACAGCAACGAGAACAGCAUUGAAACUGAACUAUCUCCUGACCCAACAGCAGAUAGUAAGCUCAUAAUCAAGUCCAUCAAAAAUGAAAUAUCUGUCGAUCAAUUGGCCAUAGAACGUGACAACAAAGCUGAGACAAGUUAUGGAGCAAAAAAGAGCAAAGGACACGAGUGUCCAGUUUGUUUCAAGGUGUUCCCAUCAGGACAAGCAUUGGGUGGUCACAAGAGGUCUCAUUUACUAGCAGGAACCGAUCAGGGAAAAAAUGAUCGCAGCAUAUCAGUCCAAGAAUCAAUGCCACCACCCAUUAGAGACUUCCUCGAUCUCAAUCUUCCUGCUCCUGCAGAAGAAGAGAGCAAUGGACUUGUGGGAUUCAAUCCAUGGUGGAUUACAAGCAACCACAAGCACGAACAACUUGUGGGUUUGAUUUCUAACUGAGCUCAGUUCAUCCAACCUUGGCCAUGGUUUUAAAAAUAAACAACAAAAAUUCAAAGAGUGUACAGAUUCAUUCAUUCUUUUACAGAUUCAAGAAUUAGCCUGAGGCCUACUUUCACAUUCCGUCCUUUACAAAACCAAUGUUAACUCUUCCUUUUUAAUCACUUUUCUUUUCCUACAUGUUAUUUCUCUUUUUUAUAUAGUUGCAAAAGAAAUUACAACACUGUAAUUGAAUUCCCAUGUUUAAUUGCUUAAUUAAACUUGAAGUGUACUUUCUUGAUGAAAACUAUUAUUAUCAUUAUCAUUAUCAUUGGGGGU